CUUGCACAGUUCUUGGAGAGGAAACCUGCCCUCUUGUUCAAAAGCACUCAUGGAUGCCACCAAGGGGCCUGAAGAGGUUGCGACUGUAGAUGUGCAUGCUGCCAAAGAUCUUCUGGGUUCAGGUCACAGCUAUUUAGAUGUGAGGACAGUGGAGGAGUUCAACAAGAGCCACAUCUAAAAGGCACUGAAUGUCCCUUACAUGUUCAUCACCCAACAAGUUAAAAACCCCCACUUUCUCGCACAAGUAGAGGCCAUUUGCCAGAAGGAUGAUCAUUUAGUCGUGGGUUGCAAUAGCGGAGGCAGAUCACUGCGUGCUAGUGUUGAUCUUCUUAAGGUGGGCUACGAGCAUGUGACCAAUAUGGGAGGGGGUUAUUCAGCAUGGGUGGACAGUGGCCUUGCUGGCGGUGACAAACCAGCAGACGAGCUCAAAACGGCUUGCAAGUUCCGCCCUUGAAAGGCUUACCUGACCAAGUUUGAUGGAGCUGGAAAGGGUGUGGGAAAACAAGAGAGGGAAAGAAUGAAGUUGGGACGAUUUAGAAUGAUUGUAUAAUUUGUAUUGUAU